UCUUCUUAAUUUUUGAAUAGAUGUCUAACUUCUCGACCUCUUUUUCUUUAGGAAUCUUUACGUAUUGUGCAAGGAAGAUACACGUCCUUUUACGUGAAAAUGAUGGCAGUUGCAGUAAAGCAGUCAGAGAAUAAUACAAUAAUCAAGCGUUUUCAAUUGAAUUUCAUGGAUCCUAGCCAUCUUGAACGGUUCUGUUCAUUUAUAGAGACAAAUUUACCGAACACACUAAGAUAUGCUGACUCCAAGGCGUCUCAGUCUUUUCAAAGUCAGCAAUGGUCUCCUGCUCAAAGUCAACAAUGUUAUCCGACUCCACAAUUACCUCCUCCAAGUCUGUUAUUUCCCCCUAGCCAAACCUCCGUUCAUAAAAUCCAACCCAAAAAUGCUAACAUGGCUUUUUCUCAAACCCAGAGUAAACAUCCUCAUCCACAUCAGUUUCAUUCUCUAUUUCCCGUGUCGAUUCCUCCUAUUCAACAAUCAUUAGAGCCUCGAACUCAAGCUUCUUUCCACUCUUUUAGUGAAGAAAACCAUAAAUCACCGAUCAAUUAUCCUCUAUUACGCCCUUGUCUACCAAAGAGCAAUAUCUUAUCAAAGCACUCACAACACAAUAGAAUUAGCACUGAAGGCCGAGAUAAGUACAAUUCUGAUAACCUCCACCAAUUUGAAACGGACAGCUAUUUAAACACUCAGGUCAAUCAGCAUACUUAUUUGUCACCUCCAUCAUAUUCGAUUGCUAGCCAAAAGCAGGAAGGCAUUCUGAGUCAUAAUAUUAACCAAUCGCAACCAUUGACAAACCCCCUGUUCUGGCAGACAGUUUCUCCUCCACGGGAAAGUUGGAACAAAUACUUGGUUAAUAAUGACAACCUAAUGUAUCCACACAAAACAAUGCAUCCUCAAAGCCAAACUGAUCCUGAUGUGAGGUUGUCAGUUCAGAAUAUCAAUUCACGCCCGGAUAAAAUUGAAAAGAAUAGCCUAGUGGCAGACUUUUCGUCACAGACGAGAAAGUCUGUCUAUGGCCAUGCUGUGUCUCAGUCGAAAGCAGUCGGUAUACCUAAAACUAAAACAAAUUCUCAAGAAGACCUGGUUAGCGAUUCAAUCGAUAGCUUACCAUUUAGUAAAGGUUAUGGUGAAGGGCUUAAUAGUCAGAUAAAAAGCAAAAGGUUGCAACCUUCCAUAAAUACUACUGAUAAGGUAUCAAAACCGUGUUGCACGAGUAGAAGAGGUUAUUCCUCUAGUGGUCAAAUCACCAAACAAAUUAAGAAAUUGACUGAUCGAGAAUUAAAGCAGUUAGUUGUUGAAAAACUAAAACAAGAAGAAUUUGCUGCUUUCGUUAAAAGAAUUGAAAAAAUUGCAUACGGAGAAUAAGAGGUGAGUCUAUAGAUUUAUAAAGAAU